CCACCACUCAUCUUCCUCCACAACCACCACCACCACCACCAGUCACGUCUCACGCACAAACAAACACACGCGACCGACCACUACUCUGUGCACCACCUUAUUUCUAUAUACCCAAUCCAAUCCAUUCCUCCCGAACCCAGGACUCCCGUGCCGACCACCGCGGCCGAAAUCCGGGGAAGCUCCAACACCUCCGACGCUCUCUCCUCUGCGCCCGAUACAUCACUCCCUGUCUCCCACCACGCCCCGUCUCGGACAAAUCUCCCGGAUAUUGAGGGAACUGGAAUUAAACCCAGUACUGCUUGCGCCACUCGAUGAGGGAUUCCCGCCCAUUCUUGCUCUCAUGAAGCCGCCCGCCUUGUCGUGGAUCAUUGCACCAUGUCGGACUCUGUGGACCGAGUCUUCGUCCAUGCCCUCAACACGGUGAAACGCAUUCCCCGCACCGGGACCGCCAGACCGCCGGCUUCGGAGAGAUUAAAGCUUUAUGGCUUGUAUAAGCAGAGCAUGGAGGGCGAUGUUGAGGGUGUAAUGGAUCGACCGGUCGGUAAUACGGCGGAUGUGUAUAUGGAGUGUGAGAAGUGGGACGCCUGGUACGCUCAACGCGAUUUGUCUCGUACCGAAGCCAAACGGCGCUACAUCUCUACUCUUAUCGAGACUAUGCAUAACUACGCUUCGCAGACGGCCGAGGCCAGGGAGCUUGUCGCCGAGUUGGAGUUUGUUUGGGAUCAGAUCAAGUCGAGCCCGUCUUCAUUGUCGUCGCAGGAAUUGACCAGUCACGGGUCGGAUGCGCGGGUACAAUCGAGCUUGACGCGCCCGGAGUAUGAGCAGUUGCUGGCUUCGGCGAGAGGGGACUCGAGGUUACGCGUUCUCAGUCCGGUGAGUCAGCCUGAGGGAGGGUUUCGGCGACAGAUGGAGGAGCAGCGGGAUGGGGGUGAGGAAGAGGAGGAAGAGGAGGUGUAUGCCGAGGCACAGGAUAAUCUGUUUGAGAAUGAAGAGGAGGAUAAUGAGCAUGAGGAUCACGACCGUGACGAAGCGCAUGAAUAUCAACAUCAAUCGUAUAAUCUCCCGGAUCGGGAGGGGAGUGAUCGCCACCACAGCCAUCACAGCCACCAUGAGGAGAUCGGGGAAAGACGACCGCCAGUCGAUGAUAGGCGAUGGCGUCGCCGAGUCGAGCAGGCCUUGACGAAGAUGACGGCCGAGAUCGCCGCCGUGCGCGAGCAGAUGGAAGCGCGGGCGCUGGCCCAUCGACGCCGGUCGAGCAUUUGGGCCUGGCUCAAGUGGCUGGUAUGGGUGACGGCGCGGCAGAUUGUGGUGGACCUGGCUCUGUUGGGCAUGCUGCUCGUGUGGAUGAGGAUGCGCGGGGACCGUCGGCUGGAAGAGAAGUUGAAGGUUGGAUGGACAGAGGUGAAGAGUCGAUUGGCGCGAUGGAGGGUGUUGCGGAGGGUGUCUACCCCGUGAUGCAGUCGUUUUUGUUUCUUCGUAUACAUAUAUUUUUAAGUCUAGAGGUUUCUCUCUCUUUGUUUCGCGUUCGUUCGUUCGGUUCCUUAUCUUCCGGUUGGUCCGUUGCAUGUUACCACGGUGUUGGAGGUUGUACAAUUGUAUCUGUAUUCUAGGUACUUAGAUCUGGCCUCUUGCAUAUAUAUGCAUU